AUGGAAACUAAAGUACAAUUGUUCUGUCAGGCAGAAGAAAACACUGAGUUAGUGGAUGCUGGUUCUCAUUCUUCUGCAGCUGACUCUCCAUCAAGACAUUUUUACAGCAAGAAGUACAUCAAGUUUUCUAAAACAACAGAGAAGAAAAUUUCACCACUAAUUUCACCUGAAAUUAGGGAUUUGAGCUCAGAACACAAAAAAAGGUAUGAAACAUCAGUAUUCGUAUGUGAAGAAAAAUGUGCUGACAAAGUCAAGAGAAAGCAAAGUUUACAAGUACAACUGCUUAGUAAAAGAUCUGAGAUUACCUCUUCCUCUGCAAAGCUGUCAAAGGAGAAGAUAACUAAGAAAGAAAGCUCUGUAUGCAAGUUGCCUAAUCAGUACAGAGUUCCUAAGACUUCAUCACCCAUAAGAACACCUUCUUCAGGCACUAGAGAGAAAAAAACAUUUUCUAACCUCUAUCAGACAUUAUAUGAUGAAGUACCCCAUGGACGCUUAUACUCAGAAGAGUUAAGUGCACUUCAUAAAGCCUGUAAAGUUUUUAGUAAAAUUCGAAACGGAAAGAUUUCUGUGAAUGAUCUAUCAACAAUCCUACACACCUUGAAGAUUUCUAUGAGUGAUUCAGAAAUGCGACAAACACUAAAGACUAUUGAUAUUGAUCCAUUCCAGGAUGCCUUGAAGAUAUUCUGUAGGAUAAAAGAUGGUCAAGUUGCAGUUGAUGAAGUGAUUCCUGUUUUGAAUAGUAUGGAUGUCUUUGUAGCCCCUGAGACUGUACAGGAGGUGAUAAGCUAUACCUAUGUUGACAGUAAGAACAUGGUGGAUAUUGGAAAUAUUAUAUUUAUUUUGGAAGAACUACAACAACAGUAUGAGGAUGUUUCAAUUACAGAAGGACCAGACCUGGAUGAAACUACUUCAAAUCAAAAGCUGUCUAAGCCAUCUCAACAUUCUCUCCAAUUUAAGAAUAUAGACAGUUUAUCUUCUAGACUUCCUGAAACACCAGUAACCCAAAAGUUCAGUAGAAGAAGUCUCCAAUAUCAUAGCAAAAUUAUGGAGAAUAAUGAUAACCUUGAAUUUAAAAGUUCAAAAUAUCCUUGGGAAAUGAAAAGAAUCCCAGAUGGAGUUGAUAACAGUGACGGAGGAUCUCAGGAACCAUAUUCAAAGAAUGGCAUAAACUUAAAAAAACCUUCAGACAAGGCUGAAAUUAAUGACUUAAAGUCUAAACCACAAAGUUUGAAGAGUAUUUCAAGUUUCAAAAAGUCUCUGGAUAAAAGUAAUAUUUCAAGUAUUCCAAAAUUAAAGCAGCCAGCUGUAAGAAGGCGUUCCAGCCUACUAAAGCAGAUUUCAUCAAAGGAAAAAACUGCAAUUGAUACUCAGGGUUUGAAAAAUGUCUAUGACGCUGUCCGUAAACUCAAAGAAAAUUACAUUGCUGCAGAAGAACUUCGGUCCAUUUUGCCUUCAGUAGGAAUUACUUUAUCAGAUAAAGAGUUCCAGAAGAUUGUGACAGACAUUUCCAGAAAUGAAAAUGAAAUGGUGAAGUUAGAUGACUUUAUAAGUGCUCUCACCAAGGAGCGAAGUUCUCCCAAGUGUGCUGUGUUGUCGGAUGUCAUUAAAGCCAUUGAUAAAAUUAAAGAUAACAGUGUUGAUUAUGAGGAUCUGAGUACUUGCCUUCAAAAUUUUGGAGUUUAUCUUUCUAAGCCAGAAUUUGAGAAGAUCAAAGACUUGACUGAAGUUGAUGAAAUGAAAAAAGUGAAUUUUAAAGAGUUUGUUGAUAAUAUGAUGAAGAACACGGAACGCUUCUCUGAAAAAUUAUUAUUGCCUGAUGCUAUUGAAAACCUCAACAAUCUCAACAAAGAGAAGAUCCAUGUUUCUGACCUGUGGGAUUUUCUGUCUAGUUUGAAUAGUAACUUGAAAAAUGAUGAAUUCUUAGAUGCACUGAAACUAGCAACAGCUGAUGAAGAUGACAAAGUACAGUUUGCAGAAAUGAUAAAGAAUAUGUAUGAUGCCUCAAGGUUAGAUGAAUUAAAGGAAGUUGUCUUUGCCCUCAACUUGCUUGAAGGUGACAUGGUAGCUGGGAAGAACUUGGAAGACUUUCAGAUUAAAGAAGCUGCACGUGUCUUGACAUGUGUUGAUAAUGGCAGAGUUAGUAUACCUAACUUGGAGUAUGCCCUGAAAAAUUUGAAUAUCAAUUUAACUGAGGAGGAGUUGAAUGAAGCUCUUAAAAGUUGUGGCAUCAAUGAAAACAUGGAGGUGGAUUUAAAAGAAUUCUUAAUGGGAAUGAAAGAAAUUCCAAGUUUCAAAAAGUCCAUAGAUGAUGUGGUGAAUUUUAAGGAUUUUAUCAGAGAACUGACCAAUGCUGAUGAAUUUAUUGAAUGCCAGCGAUUUGAUUACAUCACAGUUAAAGUUUUCUGUUCAAUGAAGGACUCUGAUAUAGUAGAUAUGUAA